AUGAAGUGCUCUGUGGUAGCAUUUAUUUUGUGUUCAGUAACGUUUUGUAGAGGCGGUGAAUUGCUUGUUCGACAAAAACGUCAAGAUCGUAUUGUGGAAGAGUGUAGCCCAAGGACUGAAUGGGAGAGCCAGUGUCAUAAAUGUAUUUGUUCAGACUCUGGGCAAGCGUUGUGCUUUAAAAUCGAUGGAUGUCGCUCCGGCAGUGAUGCCGUUAGCGACGAUUUGAGGGGGACGCCGAAGAACUGCCAGCCGGGGCAGGAGUUCAGGAUGGACUGCAACAAGUGUCUCUGUGAUAAUGAAGGGCAGAACUUCUCCUGCACUCGUAUUGAUUGUGCAGCUUUGAACAGCAACGGAAAUGGUGGCACGAGGGUUAGAAGGGGGCCAUGUCACGUUUGUGUAUGUGACACUCGCGGUGUUUUCAUUUGUCACGCCAUAAAAUGUCAACAGACCAAGGUUAAUCCUAGAGUCUCUAUGAAAGGGGAAUGCCAGCCCAAAAUGACUUAUAGAUACGAAGAGCUCUUCUGCAUGUGUAGCUAUGAAGGAAAAUGGAUGUCAUUCAACUGCCGUGAAACAUUUCGACGUCUUCAGAUGAACAAGACCGUUGUAAAACAUCCUAUGAGGUCUAAUAUUACAUGUACGCCUAAAUCAUUGUUCCUAGUAGACUGUAAUGUAUGCCUAUGUGAGGGAUCCGGUACCAUAAAACCUUCUUCUUGCACUAAUAGAAUCUGUUCCAAAGGACAUAAGGCUGAUCGUUGCAAAUUUGGUGACUUCCUGCGAACUUCACAAGAAAUAUGCAUUUGUAGCGAUAUCGGUUACUACGUUGAUCGUCUGUGUGUCAAAAUUAAGAAUGGCAUCAUACAGAAACUAAAAACCCAAGAUAUAGAUAAAAUUUUAAACGUUUACAAGAUGAGGAAAGCAAUGACAGAUACUUGUAUACCACACAAGGAGUAUAAAGUCGACUGUAAUCGUUGCAUAUGCGACAGCACUGGGAAAUUUGUAUGUAGUCAAGAGGUUUGCGACAACGAAAAGACUAUAAGGACAAGUGAUUUGAGCCAGGAUUUCUUCAAUCUGCCAUAUGUUCAGGAUGAGAAUGAAAAAUGCACGCCUGGAGAGAAAUAUAGGAUUAAAUGCAAUACUUGCGUAUGCACUGAUGAUAGCAAAUUGUCAUGUACUACGACCGUUUGUUUGGAAGACUUUCUGGUUGAUGAGACUUCUUCCACUACAGGAUUACCGUCUUCCGUGGAGACCAUACACUAG